AUGGAGUAUGAUUUGUCACGUAUAGAUUAUACAAUAUGUGGUAUUACAUACCCGGAUUCUUUAAAAAUAUUACCAAGCUUAGACGAAAAGGUACAACAAAAAUUCGUUGUUGGUGAUAAAAACGGAGUAUUACAAUGUUUGGCGAUCAAAGAUGAAGAACCUGUAGUUCAAUUUAAAACAUUACCAGGCAGACCAAUAACAUCUGUUCAACUAGGUUGCUCAUCUGACUCUCAUGCAGAUAAAACAUUUGCUGCAUCCGGUAACGAAGUGAAAGGUUAUACAAGAAAGGGGAAGGUAUUUCUUACUGUUUCAACAUUAGUUGCUGAAACCAUCACGUCAAUGUGUGUUAUAGGCAACGAUUUGAUACUGUGCAGUGGUCGCACAGUCACGCACUGCAAAGACUUUAAUGAAAUGACAUCUUUCACGUGUGAAGAUAGAAUAUUAGACGUAGCCGCGUUCAACGCGCCUAAUAGUACCCGCAUCCGACUUCUUUUAUUAAUUGCUAAUAAGGGUACUGCUAUCGCUGACAACGGGCAUUUAACUGUACAAACCCACAUCAACUCUGGUCCUUCACGAUUAGCAGUACCUAAAUCUAUUAGACCUUCCGAAAUAUGUGCAUUCUAUGGUGCUGCUAACGGUUCUAUAGGGCUUAUUUCGUACAAUAAAUCGGAGCUAAAGAGCAAGUGUUUGGUCGAUGGGCAGGGACUGGGUUCAGUCAUGUGUGUUGGUUGGUAUUCUAAUCACGUUGGCGCCCAUCUCAUCGUUGGACGUCAUGAUGGAUCUAUUCAACUAUAUCUUACAAACCCCCAAAAUUACGAAGAUAAACUGCAGCUUAAAUAUUCUUAUUUUUGUGGUGAACCUAUAACGUCCAUCUGUGGGGGUUGCAUAGGGUCAGAUGAGCCGGAGGUACUGGCUACAACUUUUUCUGGAAGAAUAUUUGGACUUAGACCACGUCGUUUACUAUCAACGGCAGCUAUAUUGAGUAACAUUCCUGCUGAAGCACUAGCAACAAGGAGAUUAAAGCUGGAGAAUGAAGUGGCACGUUUGGAAAAACAAACUGCUAAUGAACGAGAUAAAUAUCAGAAAAAUACGCGAUCUUUGCAAAGCAGUUUGUCUGUGCCUCCACUAUUAGAUGUGCAGUACGAAUUAGAAGGCGCUACAAAGAAUGGUUGGCAAGAGGCAAGAAUAACCUCACCUGUACCACUUGAUAUGUUGUUCAUUUACUGCAAUAAUAAACUGGAUUUAGAGACAGAUAGUGCAGGAGUUCUAAGCCUCUGCCCUCCACAGAAUGAAAAAUCGUCAGAUAUAUUGGCGACUAUAAGGUGCCAGACUGGUACCAGAAGGUUAUGGAUUCAUAUGCGAAGUACUAAAAAUACGACGAUAAUUGAAAAUAUUAAAGUAUUAAUAUAUGUUUUACCAGCAGGAGCUCCAAGAGUAUCUCGGCUUUUUAAAUUCUGUUUGCCUAUGCUACCCUUCUAUUGGCAACAUGAAAACCAGGAAUCUCUCAAUAUAAGAAGGUGUCUAUGUGAAAUUCAUGUGACAGGAACAUUUUCAGUUGUAGAAGUUACUUCUUGGCUUAGUGAAGCUUUACCGGGGGAAUUACCAAGGCCAGCUAAUUCUGUUAAAUUUGUGCGUUCACACACACUUUUAAACACACUUCUGUCUUGUGAAUAUGAACGCGGCUCAGCUAUCUUCAAAUCUGAUAAUAUAUCGACAAUUGCAGACUUGAAAGACAUAAUUUCAAAUUGUGUUGUAAGGAAGGGACUGAAAAUAAAUAUUAAUUAUGAUAUUUCUGAGAACUGUUGUGCAGAGGCCUUUGACAUUAUAGAAGAGUCUUUUAUAACUGAGUAUAAGAAAAGACAAGAAAAAAAUUUAAAAGAAUCGUUACGGAUGCUGGAUUUGGAUAGUAGUAUUGAAAAUAGUGAGGCUAAAUCCUUUUUAUGUUCAGACUAUUUAAGAGUAUGGGCAUCACCAGAUACUUCAGAUGAAACAUGCUUUGAACAACUGGUUUAUGAAAUGGAGAAAUGGUACAAGGAUUGGUGCAAAUUGUCAUCAAAUACACAAUUCAGCAGUAGUGAAUUUAAAGUACUCCAUCAGUCAUUGAAAAAUUGUGACACUAUGGCUGUGAAAAGCAUUUUUAGGAGAAAUGGAUCUAUGGAAUUUGUAGAAAAAGUAUAA